CCUCGGGGGGGGGGAACAUGGCGGCACCCAGGGACCCUCGGCGCGGCUCCGCACCGCGCCCGGCCCCGCCAGUCGUGAGGGGCUUAUGGCGUGUCCGUCAAUAGAUACACGUGUGCUUGAGUGUGUAUAAAUAUGUGUCUGCGCGCCUAUAAACACGCGGGCAGAGAAUUGGUGAGCAGAAAACUUGUUUUUAAUGAAAUAUCCUGGACGGGCUGAGAAAAAAGUCAAAAAACCCAGGCAAAAGCUAAUGUCGUCUGAAACACCCACAGACAGUCCAGAGGUGCCAGUGGAAAAUGCCCUGUUCCCUGAAGUUCCUGAUGUGGAAGGAAAGGCGAAGUCAAAUGACAAUCCAGCAGAGAGACUGGAAGCAGGCUCUGGCAAGGAAGAAUGCCUUGAGUCCAUGUCCAAGAGGCAAAGGAAGAAGCUGUUGAAGCAGAAGCAGUGGGAAGAACAGAAAGAUCUACGUAGGCAGAAACGAAAAGAAAAACGCCAGAAGAGAAAACUAGAGCGUCAGUCAAAAUUGGAUUCCAAUAGUGAGGGGAAUGCCAGAAAGUGCAUGCGCAGGGAAGUUGUUCCUAGCACACUUCGCCUCAUUGUGGACUGCAGCUUUGAUGACCUGAUGGUGUUAAAGGAUGUUAAGAAGCUUCACAAGCAGAUUCAGAGAUGCUAUGCAGAAAACCGUAAGGCAUUUCAUCCUGUGCAGUUUUACUUGACCAGCCAUGGGGGACAGUUGAAGACCAACAUGAAUGAAAAUGACAAAGGAUGGGUGAAUUGGAAGGAUAUCCAAAUUAGAACAGAGCACUUUAGUGAGCUAAUAAAGAAAGAAGACCUAGUAUAUCUUACCUCAGAUUCCCCAGAUGUUCUCAGAGAGCUUGAUGAGAAGAAAGCCUAUGUUAUUGGAGGACUGGUGGAUCACAAUCACCACAAGGGAAUUACUUACAAAAAAGCUGUAGAGCAGGGAAUUGGUCAUGCACAGCUCCCACUUGGAAACUUUGUCAAAAUGAACAGCCGCAAAGUGUUAGCUGUCAAUCAUGUAUUUGAGAUCAUCCUUGCAUACCUGGAGAAGAGAGACUGGAAGGAGGCCUUUUUCAGUGUCCUGCCACAGAGGAAAGGGGCUGUUCCUUUGGGAGAAGCCAAUGAUUCAUCCAAACAUGCUCUGUCUGGAAAAGAAGAUGAAGACAAUGACUCGGACAGCAACUAGACUUCAGAAUCGGAUGAUGGAAAGAUGAGACAUGCAGUUUGUGGAAUAAAACUGGGACAUGAAGUAGUUUUACUUCAAAGAACAUCUGCAGCCCUUAUAGAGCUGAAUUGUCUCAGUGCUUGGUAGUCCCAGAGCUGUUUCUCUGCAUGAAGGGUUAAGUAAAAUACAGGUUUUUACUCUGAAACUUCAAUAUAAUAGCUUUUUUUAAAAAAAAAUAAUGGCAAAUGCAGCAUUUAUUUUUCCCAGGGAAGUUGUUUAAUUUAAUUUUUUUAAUAUUAUUUUUAUACAUACCAAGUUGGGUGUAAAUGCCAAGAGCAGCAGUAAUUACUGUUUUAAUGUAUGCAUUCCUGUCUCCA